UUUCACAGCAGGAGAUGACUGGUGAAUAUAGGUUAAUAGGAACAAAGUUAAAUGAUCUUGAAGUAGAGCUUGAUAAGAAUUUUACAGAUGUAGAAUUAGAAGAGAAUGAUAGAUUCCCAGAAAUAAUGAGAGAUUUUGUUAAAAGGACUAAAAGUCAAUUUGAAGAGCUUCAACUUAAAUAUACUUCAAUGGAAGUUGCAUAUAAAGAUGUUGUAUCAUACUUUGGAGAAGAUCCAAAAAGUACUAAGCCAGAUGAAUUUUUUGGAAUUUUCAAAACAUUUAUAUCAUCUUAUGAACGAGCAAGACAUGACAAUAAAGUACAGAAAGAACGCGAAUUGGUCCUUCAAAAACGAAUAGAGGAGAUUGAAAGUCGAAAAAAGAAACAAAAGGACAAAACAAGUAUCAGUGUCAAAGAAGGCAUUGCACAAGAUUCUUCAGAAGAAAAAUAUCUUAUGGACAAUUUAUUAGAGACAUUAAGGGAUGGGAGGGAUUUGGAUACAAGAACGAGGAGAAAACGUGGAGCAGGAAAAGAAAAAAGGAUAGAAAGAAGUAUGUCAAUUGCAGUCAAAGCAGAAUCUAUUUUGAACAGGCUUAAAGAAGAUACUCCGCCAGUACCAGAUUUGCCUAUAAAAGAAAUUUUAGCUGAAUAA